CAUCCCACUGUCACUCUUUUCGCAGCAGCUAAGGGACGCUGAGCCAGCAUGGACCUGUUAUCUACCCUCAGCCUGGACGAUCUGGCUGUUUCCUUCUCCAAGCUGCCAGUUUUUCCUGUGUUUGAUGUAGCUUACUACAUAAUAUCUAUUCUCUACCUCAAGUAUGAACCAGGUGCUGUGGAGCUGUCUCGCCGCAGCCCAGUUGCAUCAUGGCUUUGUGCAAUGCUCUACUGUUUCGGUAGUUACAUCCUCGCAGAUGUCCUCCUGGGAGAUUCACCCACUGACUAUUUUAGCAAUAAUGCCAAUGUCCUUCUGGCAUCUGCCAUCUGGUACCUGACAUUUUUCUGCCCCCUUAAUCUCUUCUACAAAUGUGUCAGCUUCCUGCCCCUGAAGCUUGUCUUGGUUGGAAUGAAGGAAGUUGUCAGAGUGCGCAAAAUUGCAAUGGGAGUCCACCAUGCCCACCAUCACUACCACCACGGAUGGGUCAUCAUGGUGCUUAUUGGAUGGGUGAAGGGUUCUGGAGUGGCACUGAUGUCCAAUCUGGAGCAGCUUUUGCGUGGAGUGUGGAAGCCAGAAACCAAUGAGAUUCUUCAUAUGUCCUUCCCAACAAAGGCCAGUCUGUAUGGGGCUAUCUUGUUCACUAUACAGCAGUCCCAUUGGCUGCCAGUUCCCAAGGCUUAUCUCAUAUUCUUCUUUACUCUCUUUAUGGCUAGCUGCAAGAUAUUCAUGACAGCAACUCAUUCUCAUGGAUCCCCAUUUGCACCAGUAGAGGCCUUCAUCUGCCCUAUCAUAUUUAGAGCUUCCAAUGGUGGCCAUGGCGACCACGACCAUCAUCAUCAUCAUCACCAUGACGAGCAUGAUGGCUCUCACUCUGCCACAAAAUCCAAAGAGGAGUUGAAUGAGGGCACAAGGAAGAGAAAAGUAAAGAAAGCAGAAUGAGACUAUCAGGAGAUAUUCAUGGACAACAACCCCCAGGAUAAAACAGGAUGAAACACAAAUACCCUUUGUUUUUUGGGUUAUUUUUUCUAAGUUGACUGAAAUAAGAAAUCAAACAUUUUGGAAGUAGCAGCACUGUUAUCUCAGUCUCAAUAGAAACCCAAUUGUCUACUUAGGUGAUAAAAAAUAUAUAUAUAACAUUGGCUAUGCAAGAGGUGCUUCAAUUAAAUAAGUAACAAUGAGCCUCUGCUAGCCAAAGUGUUGUCCUACAAAUCCAAAUGCAGUAAUGAAGGAGUUAAACAUAUCUCAUAUUUAUACUAAAAUAAAAAAAUAAAAAUACUAUUUUUAAAAAGAUUUAUUCAAAUUUUUACAUUUAAUAUCUGGUGCUAUAAAUUAUUUAAAUUUAUUCCAAUUCAGAUUUAUUUAAAGCAAUCCGUUAUUUUUUAUAUAUACAGUGUGUGUGUGUAUAUAUAUAUAUCUAUAUCUAUCUAUCUAUCUAUCUAUCUAUCUAUCUAUAUAUAUAUAUACACAUACAUAUAUACGGAUUUGCUGCAUUCAUGUUUAAAUUACAAAAUAUAUAACAAAAUAUCACAAACUGUAAAAAAAAAAAUAGUUAGGCAAUAGCGACCGUACAUGCUACAAAACAUCAUAGAAUGUUUAUGAUCUUAUCAUUGUAAAUGAAAAAUUUGGAUCAAAACAAAAAAUAUGCAA